UCGAGUUCCAUUUGCGGGAGACAAAUUUACGAAAUCUCGCUGUUUACAUGCACAAACCCAAAGAUGCGUCGAGUUUAGCUGUUACCAGAAUAUUGUUUGGCAUAGCGAUGUUAUUUGACAUUCCGGACGAACGCGGGGGCGCAGCUCUGACUACACGCUGGGGCGACCCCGCCACCUGCCAUUUCCCGCUGUUGCCCUUCAUACAGCCUCUGCCCAUGCCGCAUAUGGCGAUGGUAUAUGCUGCGCUCUGGUUAGGUGCAUUAGGAAUUGCUCUAGGAUAUAAAUUCCGGGUCAGUUCUAUCACCUUCACAGCAUGUUUCUGGUAUCUCUUGCUGGUGGAGAAGAGCUACUGGAACAACCACAGCUAUCUGUUCGGCCUCGUCGGCCUCCUGCUCACAGUCACACAGGCUAAUUGUUAUUGGUCCAUUGACGCCUAUCUAAAUCCAUCAGUAUCUUCACCUACCGUCCCGUACUGGAAUUAUUUCAUACUGAAGUACCAGUUUUUCAUUCUAUACUUCAUGGCGGGUGUCAAGAAAUGCACGGCGGAGUGGCUGACGGGUUACUCUGUGCAGAAUCUUAGUGAACACUGGGUAUUUAACCCAUUUAAGUUGUUCCUGUCGGUGUCACAGACAGACUACCUAGUAGUGCACUGGUUCGUGUUCGCGUUCGACCUGACAGUAGCGGGCUGGAUGAUGUGGUCGCGCUCCCGGCACAUCGCCAUGAUCCUCUGUGCUCUAUUCCAUUUGAUGAACAGCAGACUUUUUAGGAUCGGAAUGUUCCCAUGGGUUUGCUUGGCGACGAUGCCAUUAUUUUAUCCUUUCGACUGGCCAAAAUUAGUGUUCAAUUAUAUGAAAGAUUCUUAUACUAAAAGCAAAGCGAUAAUUUGUAAAUACAAAUGCAUGUUUCUAAAUGGCAACAUAGUGCAAGUGAAACACAAUAAAGAUAUUUUAAAUGAAGAUUCAUCAAACGAAGCUGUCGAUGAAAGUCUUAAAAAAAUUAAGGAAAGUUAUACUAACGAUGAGGAAAUUAAUAAAACUGAUUUGACAGAAAAUGAUAAAUCUGCUACUACUGAUAAAGAAGUGAAUGAAGGAAAAAGAAUAUUAACGUGUAUUUUAAUCGGUAUUUAUGUAUUCCUACAAGGUUUUCUGCCAUUCUCGCAUUUCAUUACUAAGGGUUACAACAAUUGGACUAAUGGUCUUUACGGAUAUUCUUGGGACAUGAUGGUGCACACGUGGGACAUGGAUUCUGUUAUAGUAAAAGUAGUCGAUAACGAAAAGAACAUUGAGUUCUACGUAGACCCACAUCAUCUCACACCUAAUGAACGCUGGUCCCGGCAUGGAGACAUGGUACACCAAUAUGCACGAUGCAUAAAAGACAAUAUAAUGAAGGAAUCGAGUAAAAUGAAAUGGAAUAACUCUGGCAAUUACCUUUCUGAAAAUAUUUCAAUUUAUAUCGAUGUCUGGGCCUCCUUAAAUGGAAGAUUUACACAGCGUAUGUUUGAUCCGAAAGUCGACAUGUUGAAUGUUUCGUGGUCCCCUUUCUCGCCUAUAUCGUACUUGAUGCCACUACUCGAUGAGGGUCUUAGCUGGAGGGAGCACUUGCUGAGCAUCCGGGAAACAGUACACUCGUGGAAUAAUAACAGUGAUGUUGUAUUUCUUGCCGACUUUCCUGGGUAUGAAUACGAGAAAUAUGUACCCGAAGAACUGAAAAACGUAACCCUUACAGUGUUGGAGGGAAUCGUCGUGUACGAACCCGAGGCUUUACCGAAUACGAUCAGCAAAUCCUUUCAGCUCCGGACUGGGAACAACAUCGAAUUGUCUUCUGGAAUCUUCCACAAGAUUAUAAACAUCGGUGAAACACCCGCCUACUAUAUGUACAUAUUUUAUAACAGCUCAUCAUUCAAUCGUUCUCUAUCCACACCAGUACCAAAGUUACCCAUAGCGAUGGAGUUAAGAAGACGUUUCAAUAACAUGGCAAAGUUUGCAAUGGACACCAUUACAAGUUUGGUUCAAUUAUUAUAUGAUUUUUCAAAAUGUUUUGCU